UCUGCUGGCCCAUGUGAUGUGAUGUAGUAGCUAUUGACAACAUGUUAACUGUGGGACAGCAAGACUUCCAACUUGAAAUGUAUGGGCAUCAGUUAUCUUGGAGAGGUGCGGUUAGCACAUAAACUACGGUGUGGCGUGGAUGGCUGUCGGUCGGCACGUUGGGAGAUGAUGCGUCGCCAUUGGCUGCUGGUGGGUGCGUGUGGCUGGGUGCUCCUACUGCUCAUGGUCGCUAGUCGCUUCAUCAACUUCAACCUGCGCGUGCCUGACGACUAUGGGGGGAAGGUGGGACCAAGGACGUGGACCGAGCUGUCUUUCAAAACACUCAAACCUCAGAAAGCAAUACAGCAACCUAACAAUUUGUCCGCCGUGGGGCCGUUACCCACAAUCCCGUCUGAUUGGCGGUCGGUGGAAGAGAGGCGUCUGGACGUGCUGGCCAGUGUGUGCCGGAACUCUUCCCUUCGGAAUCUCACACACACGCCCGUCAACAAGUUUGUGCUGGACCGCAUCUUUGUGUGUGACAAGCACAAGAUUCUCUUCUGCCAGACCCCCAAGGUGGGCAACACACAGUGGAAAAAGGUCCUCAUUGUGCUCAACGGAAAGUAUUCUAAGGUCGAGGACAUCCCUGAAGACGUGGUCCAUGACCAUGAGAAGAACGGCCUUCCCCGCCUCUCCUCCAUGAAGGAAGCUGAGAUUAAAGAAAGAUUGGACACGUACUUCAAGUUCUUCAUUGUUCGAGACCCUUUUGAGCGAAUCAUCUCUGCUUUUAAGGACAAGUUUGUGAAGAACCCUCGCUUUGAGCCCUGGUACAAGCACGACAUCGCCCCCGCCAUAAUUCGCAAAUACCGACGGUUCCAUCGAGACCCCGACGGCGACGACGACGACUCCUCCAGGCACGAAGCGCCCGGCUUGCGCUUCGAAGAUUUCGUGCGGUACCUGGGCGACGUGUCGGGCCAGCGGCGGCUCAACCGGCAGUUCGGGCCGCACGUGAUCCACUGGGUGACCUACGUGGAGCUGUGCGCGCCGUGCGACAUCUCCUACAGCGUGGUGGGCCACCACGAGACGCUGGACCGCGACGCUCCUUACAUCCUGCGCGCCGCCGGCAUCGAGCACCUGGUGUCCUACCCCACCAUCCCGCCCGGCAUCACGCUCUACAACCGCACCAAGGUGGAGCGCUACUUCUCCGGCAUCGGCAAGCGCGACGCGCGACGCCUCUACGAGCGCUUCCAGGGCGACUUCGACCUCUUCGGCUACCCGCGGCCCGACUUCCUGUUGGACUGACCUUCGACCUCCCCUCAGCUCCCAUGUAGCAGCAGCCCUAGCAUGAGCGACGGCUAGCACGGCCAACCUGGCGGCGGCGGCUGCCCUUUGGCCAAGUGGUGGCACCCAGAUGGCUUUUGGCCUCUCUGGUGAAUGGGAGGGAGAGCGACUACGAUUGUCCCCGGCCAGUACCUGGGCUUACCAGUAGGUGGUGAUGGUGGACACUCCCUCUUGAGUUUGAUGAUGAUUGUCAGGUGUUAUUGCUAUGGAGUCCAAGCAACUGCUGCUACUUGCUGUAGUGCAGCAACAUUAUUUAACAAGACUACUGUACACUAAAUAUUUAAUUAAUGUAGUUACCUGCUCUUACCCUGUCUCCUUGUGGAGAAAUGUACAACGAAAUGAACUAACAAUCACAGCAUCUCUUUUUUAUAGACCGAGAAACACUCCAACAUUUAGAUAAAGAGCCAGCAGACAAUGAUAACAGUUGACCUAGAACAGUAUGAAAUAAAAAUCAACUUUAUGAAUUUAAAAUCGUGAUCAGGGUGUUGGUGGUGGUGGUGGUGGUAGAUGGGGUGUUUGAGACAGAAACUGAAGGGUUGGUUUGGAUCGGUGACGAGCGUAGUGUCUCUGCACAGGUGACCUGUGCUGUAGUGGCCCUGUUCCUGCUGACAAAGUGUCCUUGUAGUUGCCAACAAAUGAUACCGUGUAGGUCACUCUGAAUGCCUCUGAAUUUGAUUACAGUGGAGAAAUGGUGCGUUCAUGAGCAACUGGGAAGUGUGAGAAUUCUAGAGUACAGGGGGGUGCACGUCACACCUAAACUGGGAACUUCCCAGUUCGAAGUGGGGGCGUUGGCAGAGCUCCAUGGAGGAUGUUUAAACGUCACUCAAUAUAGCGAACACUCUCACUUCGGAAAUGGGGAGUUUAGAAGUGGGAACAUUCCUACUUCCCAGCGGCAUGAACGCACUGUAAUACUGGGUGGUGGUAGUAUUGCAGCAUCCACUAGUUAUUCUAAAACCUUAGCGAAAUUCAUACUCAAAAGGUCUGGAGCUGACUAUGCCAUGGGAUGAUAUUCAAACUGUUCACAAGGUUGUAUUGUCUCAGAAAAAGAGGUGUAUUAUAUUUUAAAAAUAAAUGGAAUGGAAAAGACUGUUGUGACUCCUCGUCAGUCAUAAAAAAAAAAAGAGAUAUUUUGAAGCAAACAAUCAAACCUACUUCACACCUGCUGUGUGAGUGUUUCACAUUCCCAUACGGAGGACAUCUUUUUCAGAAAAACAUGUUAUGAAUGAAGUUGUGAUAUGUGACCAGCAAACUCCUGAAGUCACCACAGUCUUUUAGCGCAGCUGGAUUGGUGUCAAAAGAGCCGCCUAUUGCACCCACCGAGAUGCAGUAUGAGCUGGGAGACCAGCCAUAUAUGCCCCGUUACCACGACAGCAGAGCGUCAGGCUGGGCCGCUUUGGUUGUGAGUGUGCAGCGGCGAAAAUGACCACGCACACGCCCAGCCUGCGCAUAAUGACCUCAAUGCAGCGCUGUGAUGCCAUUUCCUGUUCACACUCUUCCGUCAUGAUGGUGUGAAUGUGUUCAUGUCAGUUGCAGUAGGACCAGGGUCAUGGAACGCUGUUAUAUUGCACUGAAAUCACUAACUACAGUAAAUGACGCAACUAGAACCUC